CAAGAAGAUCCGCACGAAAUUGAAUCGACGAAACUGCGACUAUAUUUAGUUUUCUACCAGCGCUAGUACAGCGUGUAUUUGACGAGAUUCAGUGGUUCCUGGAGUCAAACUUCUGCCAAUAUAAUCCAAAAUUUGGUAAAAUUUUAGGAGUGGAUCAAACAUUUGUAUCUGCACGAUACACGCGGCGUCUUUUGAAAUAGAUCACAGUUGACUGUCAUUGUCAAAAUAGUAGCCAAGAUUUUGCAGGGAUUUUGACGACGUGCCAAAAUUCUCAAAGUUUGUCAUCAACUUGAAAUUUUGUACGGGGACAACUCGCUGCGGUGUGUAAAUUGAGUGGCCUAGAACGACGGCACAAUGUUUAAAAUUGCGUUCAAAUAUAUCGGCUUCCGCUAUCGCCAACAUCGGCGGAAAACUAGCGAAAAAUUGGUAGUUGAAACCGUCUAUGGUCCUGUGCGAGGAGUGAAAAGAAUUUCAUGUUGGGAUGAUCCAUAUUACAGUUUCGAAAGGAUACCUUAUGCAAAACCACCGGUUGGGGAGCUUCGAUUCGCAGAACCUAUCCCACCGGAGCCCUGGAUUGAAAUAUUGGAUGGUACUGGAGAAGGGCCCAAACCGGUCCAAGCUGAAUUUGGUUCGAAAAGAAUAGCUGGAGCAGAGGAUUGUUUAUUUGUUAAUGUAUUUACUAAGGAGGUAAAUCCCUCGGUACCUAAGCCGGUUAUGGUGUGGAUCCACGGCGGAGGGUUUGUAGGUGGAUCAACAUCCCGUGACCUUUACAGUCCAGACUAUUUCCUGAGUAGAGAUGUCGUACUUGUAUCAGUAGCAUAUCGCUUGGGAUUGUUUGGUUUCUUAUCCAUGAAAGACCCAUCUUUGAAGGUUCCAGGUAACGCUGGAUUAAAGGAUCAGAUCUUGGGUUUAAAGUGGGUUCAGCAGAAUAUCUCGAAAUUCGGAGGCGAUCCCAAUAAUGUGACAAUCUUCGGUGAAAGCGCUGGUGGAGCGUCUGUCCAUCUGCUGGCAUUGACUGAAAAGACCAAGGGAUUGUUCCAUCGCGUGAUUUGUAUGUCCGGAUCAGCUUUUGCUUUCUGGGCUACACCACCUGUGAGAAAUUGGUCUUUCCGCAUUGCUAAAGAUUUAGGUUUCAAAGGUGAAGAUAAUGAAUUGGAGAUUUUGAAUUUUCUGCGUAGCGUGGAUAGUAGGAAAUUAGCUGCAGCCGAAGACAGAGCAGUAAGUAAAGAAGAAUCAUAUGCAGGAUAUAUAUGGUGCUCAUAUCCGGUCGUUGAGCCAUAUGUGACCGAUCAAUGUGUAAUUCCUCGGGAGCCGAUAUUGAUGGCACAUGAUUCGUGGAGCAACAGCAUUCCAAUGAUUAUCGGUUGUACUUCGAGGGAGGGAAUAUUCUUUCGAAAUCUUACCCCUCCAGGUAUUUAUGAGCAAUGGGAAAGCGAUCCCACAUUGAUGCUUCCAUUCGACUUGAAGUCUGAUCCUAACAGCGAAAGAUUUAAAGAACUGGGCGAACGUCUUAAAAAGGAAUCCUUUGGGACCGAGAAGAUAACUGACGAUAAUUACAUUAAUUUUAUAUCCAACAAAUUCUUUUGGCAUCCGGCGCAACGAACGGUUCUAUCUCGUCAGAAGUACGCGACGGCCCCUACUUAUUUAUAUGUUUUCGAUUUCGAUUCUCCCAAUUACGGCCUUAUCAAGACAUUGAGCUCAAUCAAUUUACCUGGCGUUUCACAUGGCGAUGAUUUGGGCUAUUUAUUUUUGAAUAUGGCGCUCCCGGAAACACAACCUGAUUCUCCUGAGCGGAAAGUAAUUCAGAAAUUUAUUGCUUUAUGGACACAAUUUGCCCGAAAUGGUGAUCCUAAUUGUGAGGAAAUUGCACCUGUUAAAUGGGAACCGGUGGAAUCUAAUGAAACCCCUCAUAGAACUUUAAUAAUCAAUUUAGAACCGUCUUUCAAGGAAAACCCCUUCGCCAAAAUUUUAAAGUUUUGGGACGGAUUGUACGAUGAAAAUAAAUUGGCUUAGUGUGCAGGUUCUUUGCUGUUGUUGCCAAUUAAAGGCAAUAGCAAAACUUUUCUUUUAAAUUCAGGAAAUUAUACUUUUAUAUUUUAUAACCAGAAAUAUGAAUAAAUCCAUAUCCAAAGUUAUUUCAAAUAAUAAUAUUUGUAAUAAUGAA